AUGAACGAGUACAGUGAUACUAAAAUUAGGUCGAUUAAAAACUUAAUAGACGAGCUAUGUCCUCCGUGGGCUGAAGGCCCAACUCUUGAACUUAGUGACGUAGCUGGGGACCAGUUCUUAGAUUUACCGUUUACCUCUGAAGAACUCGAUUUCGCUAUUGCUAAUCUUAGAUUAAAAUCCAGUCCAGGUCUAGACGGCAUUGAUUACCAAAUAUUAUCCCAACUUCCUCAGGAAGGUAGAGUAUUGCUCUUGGACCUAUAUAAUCAAAUAUACUCCUCCCGUACCUUUCCAGAAGACUGGAGAAAAUAUUCAAUUUUCUUCAUACCAAAAGCUGAGAGAGAAAAAUUCCGACCUAUUUCGCUGGCACCCUGUAUUUGUAAAAUUAUGGAAAAGAUAUUAAACAAUCGAAUAAUGUGGUGGUUAGAAUUUAAUGGCAAACUACCCGAAUCACAAAACGGUUUCAGGAAGGGCAGAUCCUGUGCUGACAAUUUGGCCAUCCUCUGUUCGAGUAUAAUUAAAGGCUUCAAAAAAGGGGAAAUAACGGCUGCUCUAUUCUUAGACAUCAAAGCAGCCUAUGCUAAUGUUUUAUCAGAACCACUCAUUGAAAAAAUGAAAACUUUAGGCUUUCCAAUUAAUCUUGUUACUUUUGUUUAUAAUUUGGUAUCCAAAAGAUACCUCAAUUUUCAAUUUGGGAAAAUCUCCGAAUCCAGGGUUAUAUUUAGAGGUCUUCCUCAAGGAAGUGUACUUAGUCCCAUCUUAUACGCUAUUUAUGUACUAGACUUAGAUAACGUUGUCCAAAUCGAUCGAUCGUGCAUGCUUCUUCAAUACGCCGAUGACGCAUGCAUCACCGUACAGAACAAGGAUACUUCCUCAGCUAUUGAAGUCCUGGAAGGAGUUACUGGCGGUGUUUUGGGAGUGCUGGAUAGAUUAGGGUUGGAUCUCUCUGUGUCUAAAACCAAGUUGUGCAUUUUCAGUAAAAAUAACAUAGCUCUGCAGAAUAGAGAAGGUAAUAGAAGAGUAAAAGGCAAGAGAAAGUGGAAAUUCAGAAUUGCUGGCUCAAUGAUUGAAAGCUGUGAAGACGUUCGUUUUCUAGGAGUGCAAUUACAGUCUUCGCUCAAGUGGAAUCUACAAAUAGAUAGGAUUGAUAAAGUUUGUCGCAACUCUCUGAAGACCAUAAGCUGCCUGAGACGCACGUGGUGGGGUGCUGACCCAACUAUCCUACUAAGAAUAUAUAGGGCCUUAAUCAGGUCUAGAAUAGAAUACGGGGGACUUUUUUUCCACAACUUAACAAAAUCUGAACAAUUAAAACUAGAUAGGAUACAAUACAAAAGUUUAAGAGAGAUCUUAGGAUACACUGGUUCGACCCCAACGUCUGUCAUUCUCACAGAGGCUAAAGAACCUCCACUCGAAGUCAGAUUUAAAUAUCUACUACGUAACUUUCUUUCUAGAGCGAUUACUCGCCGAAAACACAAUAUUUUGGGUAUCUUAGAAGAAUUGGUAGCUCUUGAGGAUAACCCAGUGAUAAUAAACAGAGAAGGUAAUGUGAAUCUAAUAAACUGUUUUCGAGACAUAGAUUCUAUUAGUCACGUGAUUAAAUCUUCUGAUAGUCCCAUAUGUUACGAUUACGGUUUAGAAACAAUAUGGUUUCAUCCGAAUGUGUCUUUCAAGGAAGGUGAGGAAAUAAAAAACAGCAAUAUAAAUGACUGUCAGGGGCUCUUCCGAGACAUUUUUAAUGAGUACUUGAGAGGAGGAUGGACGUGCUACUUUACAGAUGGAUCAAAGGACAAGUUCGCGCCUUUUGGGGGUUUUGCGGUGGUCCAACCGGAGGACCAACAAGAGUUAGCAUUUAGGGCUCCGAAAUAUGCAUCGAUUUUUACCUUAGAAGCAAUGGCCAUUGUAGAAACCCUAAAAAUGAUAUAUAGGGCCAAUUUUAAAUGCUCAGCUAUUUUUUCUGAUUCCAGAAGCGUUCUACAAGCGUUGAUAACAGAUAGUAACCUUAACAAAAAGUCAUACCUUGUGUUUCUCAUAAGAAAGUUGAUUAAAAAACUAGCAGAUCAAAGAAAACGUGUUCAACUCUUUUGGAUUCCCUCUCACUGUGGUAUCUCAGGCAAUGAAUUGGCUGACAAUGUGGCUAAAAAUGCGAUCUAUUCGGGUAAAGAUACCUCGCUACUUCUCCCAGGUAGCGACUUUAAAGGACUAUGGAAAGAACGCAUAAAUAAUGAAUUUAAAUACUGGUUUGUAGAGAUAAGUAGGGACAAAGGGUUCACUUUCCAAAAGAAUAUUGGUUUUGGGGGGGUUAAACCAUGGUUUGACAAAAUGAAACUGAACAGACGGGCCAUAGUUUCCAUCAAUCGCUUGAGAAGUGGUCAUACCUCACUAAAAUCAAGCUUAGCCAGGUUUGGUAUUGUACAAUCAGCCUUAUGUGAAUGUGGAGAGACUGAUGAAACCCCGGAUCAUGUAUUUUUUCAAUGUUCUCGUUUUGAUGCACAGAGAGUUGACUUUCUUAAAGUUUUGACUAAGACCAUCGGUAUGGGCCCUUACAGUAUCGAAACCCUGCUUAAUUUUCCUAGCCAUGAUCUCAUUAGAAUUUUUGCCAAAUUUAUUGUUUCACUGGACAUUUUUAUUUAA